GAAAAUUUUCCAAAAAUUAACGUCCAACCCACUCCAAAAUCAAUCGUCAGCCCAAUCAGCAAGUGCGGAACUGCGAAGACGAAGACAGUCACCAGUCGACCUGCGACCACACGCCGCGCCACCGCCCGCCGUCCACGCGUCCAGGCUCCUGCUUCGGCGUCUUUCUUCUCCGGUUGUCCGACUCUGUUCUGUGUGCUCUCUGCGGCUCUGCCUCCAGUUCCAGGCUUCUAGGCUUUCCCUCACAAAUAGAGGCGGAUAUGAAGAGGGGUCUCCAAAUUUCAUUGAACAAAACCCAGAAGAUUAGGCUGGAGAGAGCAGUGGAACUGUUGGAGUCAUUCUCAUCAAAAACCAACUCCAAUGCCUCAGUAACUGUUUCUGAUGUCAUUCCCAUUGACUGCGAAGAUGGUGUUCUGAAGGGACAUGGAACGACUGAGAUGGACGGCCAUAUUGUGGCAACCCUAUGUGGAGUUGUUGAACGGGUCAAUAAACUUGUCUAUGUGAGAUCUUUGAGGGCCAGGUACAAGCCAGAAGUAGGUGACAUCAUCGUUGGUAGAGUGAUUGAGGUUGUUUCAAAGAGGUGGAGGUUAGAAAUAAACUCUACUCAAGAUGCUGUGUUGAUGCUUUCAUCUAUGAACUUGCCAGAUGGCCUCCAGAGACGACGAACUGCAGUUGAUGAACUAAACAUGAGAAGUUUCUUCGAGGAGAAUGAUGUUGUCUGUGCUGAAGUGCGUGGUUUCCAGCGUGAUGGUAGCCUGCAACUACAAGCUAGAAGCCAAAAGUAUGGAAAGCUCGAAAAGGGUCAGCUACUUAUAGUUUCUCCCUAUCUUGUUAAGAAGCGGAAACAGCAUUUCCAUCAUCUGGAGCAGUAUGGGAUAGACUUGAUACUUGGCUGUAAUGGCUUCAUUUGGGUUGGGGAACAUGUCGAUCUAAAAGAUGACACGUCAGACGAUCAAUUAGCUAGUGAAACGAUGCAACCAAACACGACCAAAUCUAGCACUCCGAUGGUCCUUGAUGAAGAAGACGGCGAAGAGGAAAAGUUCACUACCCAGCAAAUCAGGGCAUACAUAUGCAGAAUAGCAAAUGCCGUUAGAGUGUUGUCUCAUUUAGGGUUCAUGAUAACUGUGGAGGUUCUGUUGGAGAUGGUUGGCUGGAGCGAGUCAUUGAAUCUUGCUGUGCAUGAGAUGCUUGAUGCAGAGUUCUAUGUAUUAGUUGCUGAGAAGGAAGCUGAAAGGCGAAGCAAGGUUGUCAAGAAAAGAUGAUUUUGCUGUGUUCAUUAUUCUCUAUUGAUGAUGUUAGGAUGGUUCAAAGACGAGGUUUUUGAAUGCUUGGUUAUGAUGAUUUUGACUCCCUUUGGUUUUCAGCGGGUAGGGUGCUACACGCUGCAUUUUGCAGCGUUUUGUAGUUCAAGUCAUUUGCCGGAUUGGCGGAAAUGCUGUUAUCCAAACGGGCACUUUAACGUCGGACCUGAAGCUCAAAGGCUGGCUCAUUUCUUCUCAUUUUGUUUUCAAUUACGAAUUUCAAAAUGGCUUUCCGGUAGUUUUUAUGUUAUUUUUAUUGAGAACGCACCUCUAUGAUAUAAGUUGCGACUUGCGAGUAAUGUGAGACUGAGUAAUUAACAUACUCCGUAAGACCGUAAGGAAAAAACUUCCAAAAUAAUCAUUUGUUAUUUUAUUUGUUUGUGAACUAGAUUCACAUAUAAAAA